AUGGCAGAUCAAUUAAAAGAGUUUGCUGAGAUGCCAAAACAAUUUGUCAAAGAAGGCGCUCAGUUUGUAAAUCGAUGCACUAAACCUGAUCUGGAGGAGCGUAAAGAAGAAAAUAGAAUAAUAAUAAUCACCACAACCAUCAUAAUAAUGAUCAACCAUUCUGGUCGUGCUACUAGUCUAAUUUGGUUAUAUCAAAGUGGUGUUGAUGACACACAAGUGAUGACAAUCUCUGGUCAUAAAAGUCUCAAGGGCGUGAGAUCGUAUAUUUCACCCACUAUAUAUCAAAAAGCUAGUAAAAUAAGCAAUGUUCUUCAAAUGGCAUUAACACUGCAAGAAUCAUCAACUUCGAAUAAAACACCUCAAAAAAAUACGGAGCCUGAAGAUAUCGAAUAUGAGGAUAAUUCUGAUGAGCUGGAUGACAUGAGUGAUAAAGGUAGUGGUGUUAAAUCAUUAGGU